AUGCUGCUCCCCGCCGUCCGGCUGGUGCGGCUGGGCCGGGUGCCCUAUUCCGAGUUCCUGGCGCUGCAGGAGCGCUGGCUGCAGCGGCUGCAGGCGGAGCCGGGCGCCGAGGACCCGUCGCCGAGGACGGAGGCGGGCGCGCUCCUGCUCUGCGAGCCCGCGGGGCCCGUGUACACGGCCGGGCUGCGCGGCGGCCUGACGCCCGAGGAGGCGGCGCGGCUGCGGGCCUUGGGCGCCGAGGUGCACAGCACGGGCCGCGGCGGCCUGGCCACCUUCCACGGCCCCGGCCAGCUGCUCUGCCACCCGCUGCUCGACCUGCGGCGCCUGCGCCUGCGCCUGCGCGCCCACGUGGCGGCGCUGGAGGCGUGCGCCGUGCGCCUGUGCGGGCUGCAGGGCCUGCGGGGCGCCUGCGCGCGGCCGCCGCCCUACACCGGCGUCUGGCUCGGGGAGCGCAAGAUCUGCGCCAUCGGAGUCCGCUGUGGAAGGCACAUCACGUCCCACGGCCUGGCCCUGAACUGUUGUACAGAUCUCACGUGGUUUGAGCACAUUGUACCCUGUGGGCUGGUUGGGACAAGCGUCACUUCCCUGAGCAAGGAGCUCCAGAGGCACCUCACGGUGGACGAAGUCAUACCGCCUUUCCUGGAGGCCUUCAAGGAGACCUACAAGUGCACCUUGAUCUCAGAGGACAGUUCUGACUGA